CGUCGUUCCUUCAUGAAGCUGGCAACCGGGAACUUCAACUCCUGUAGGGUGCUCGGGGCAGACAAAUCGGGCCAGUUUGGCAGACGUUGAAUGAGGUCAGUCUGUGCCACCUCAUCGUGUUCAACCGAAGAAGGCAGAGGGAGGUUUCAACAAUGAAACUUGAAGAUUUCCACAAGCACAGCACCGCCAAACUGGAGGGGGAAUGCCUGUCGAGUGAUUUAGAACGCCAGCUGUGCAAGAUGUUCCGUGUUGUCGAAAUAGUCGGCAAGAGAGGCAGAACUGUUCCCGUGCUUCCGAGCAAUGAGGCAGUGGCAUGGUUUAAUGCCCUUGUCGCCAAGAGACAUGAAGCUGGAGUAGCCCAAGACAACAACUUCUUGUUUACACGCUUUUGUUAUGGCGGGAGAGGGCACAUACGAGGGAGUGACUGUUUAAGGGCACAUGCAGAUAAGGCUAGCCUUGACAAUGCAUCCAGCAUCCGGUCCAUCAAAUUCCGUAAACAUGUAGCAACUGCAUCGCAAAUUCCUGCAUUAAAGGAACAUCAGCUUGAAACUCUAGCCAACUUCAUGGGCCAUGAUCUGAGGGUACAUCGCGAAUACUACCAGUUGCCAGAUACUGUACAACGGGUCACCAAACUGUCCAAACCUUUCCUGAGUUUGGAGAGGGGCAACCUGCCUUCCCAGCAGGGCAAAUCCUUGGACGAUCUGCAUGUAACUGGAGAAGGCUUCACCAGUGAAGAGGACAGCAGCGACAGUGGGGACUGCAGUGACAGCAGUGAAGACUCCUGCGAUGAAUCCGUCGAAAACGGACAGCUUCCUGGUGUUGCUGCUGCAUCACGAAGAAGGGAACCCUCUCCGCCAUCGAGACAAAUGAAGCGCCGUCCCUGGACACAGCGGAGAAGAUAGACGUCCAAGAAGGCCUGCGCAAAUUCUUCCAGUUGAGGAAAGUUCUUGGCAAGCUGGACAUCGAAGCAGCUUGCACUGUAGCGCUGCAGACCCGUGUUUGGAAAAGCAUCAAAGACUUUUGUCGUAACACAAUGAGGUGGUAGCCAAGUUAAGCUAUGAUACGCCACACCACCCAUUCUCUCGAGACAUUAUACCAUAUUGACGACGAACCCUAUAGCAGUAGGCCAAUAACGCAACCUAUUUUUAGCGGCCCAAACAACCAAGAACUUGUGUGUGUUGUCAUCGGUGUUAUAGGCUGCACUCUCAUGGACGAGAAGUCCUGCGUCUGAUAGUUUGGAAAGUAUGCCCUCCAUCUGCAGUGUCUACAUGUAUACGUGUGUAAACGCCUGCAAUCAUUGACUCCCUAUUGUUCCUCUUUUGUUCAUACUAACUUUUUCGGAAGACCUCCCACAUGUUUUGUACACGUUUUCCAACCCCACAGUUUCUUCGGCAGCCAUGGACCCUAUUGCCCCCUAUUGUUAUAGGUCCACGAUUUGAAUGUGUAGGCUACACAAACUCACUUGUGUGUGUGGGUGAG